CGACGCUACCUCCGUUUUUGUUCGCAUCCCGCAAAAUCAGCGCAAACGCGUGAUUGGAUCGAUAGGUGUAUCCGACGCAGCGCCUAGACGCUGCGGUGCUUGAUUCUCGCGCGAGUUUUGACAGCUUUCGCACCCUACAGCCUCGCAGAGCAUAGCACCUUAUUUGCACGCGUUCUGCCACGCGCCACGCGAACACGCGAACGACAGUUCGGCAUCGACACGUAAACACGAACUACAGUCCGGCAUCUCGACAGUACGCGAUGAGGGCUGCCCUGCUGGCAUUACUGUCGACGACGCGUGCUGCAUCGCACCGCAUCAAGCACGUCGUGGUGCUCUACGAGGAGAACCGCGCCUUCGACCACCUCCUCGGUCAUCAGAAGUCGUUGCAUGUAGACGGGCUCAAGGGCGACGAGUCGAAUCCCGUCGAUCGCAGGGACCCGAGCAAGGGUUCGGUGGAGGUCUUCGACGGCGCGCCGUACGUCGCCGUCGAGCAGCCGCGGCACGGCUACGCGCCCUACCAGGUCAAGCUCGACGUCCAAGAUAACGUCCCGCAGAUGGACGGCUUCGUGGAAUUUGAGAGGUCGGUGCAUAAGAAGAAUACGAGUGUGGCGGACGCCGUGAUGCAGGGCUUCUCGGACGGCGCAUUACCGGUCUCCACGGCGCUGGCCUCUGAGUUCGCCGUCUUCGACCGCUGGUUCACGGCCUUCCCGGGCCCGAGCUGGCCGAACCACAUGUUCUCGUACAGCGCGACGGCGAACGGAAAUACGAACACCGGCGACGGCUACCUCUGCGAAAAAGAUAGGCCCUACCCCCAGCGCACGAUCUUCGACGCCCUGCUCGACGCGGGCCACGAGUACGUGCGGAUCUACAACGACUCCAGUCUGUUGCUGUGUGGAAUUCAAAUUCGGGCGCCCCACGCCAUCGACGCGAUGUUGUCUCUGUGGAGUUCUCAGGCCAUCGACGCGACGUUGUCGCCGUGACCGCAUCGGUUAUAUGGCGUGGAGGUUCACGAAGGCCCGCGCAAUAUUUCUCAGGAUAACCAAUCUCACUGUUGGGUUUCCACACAGUAACGGACACGUUCAUGGAGGCGUUCGGCUCGAAACAGACACGUUCACGGACGCACACCAUGGACCGCUUCUUCGCCGACGCGGCCAAGGGCACGCUACCAGCUUUAACUUGGAUCGACCCGCGCCAGGGUAUUAAUAAGACGCUCGGCGACCUCGGCGGGCCCAACUCCGACCACCCGUCGUGCUGCGACGUGGCGCUUGGGGAAAGAUUGCGGAAGGACAUCUAUGAGGCACUGAGGGCGGGUCCUGGCUGGAACCACACUGCAUUCAUCAUGACCUGGGACGACCCCGGCGGGUUUUACGACCACGUGCCGCCGCCGAUGGCCGCCCCGCCGCCGGACCACCAGCCCGCCUGCUUCUGCCUGAACGGCGAGAAGACGUGCGAGGGCUUCGGGCCCUACUCGCGGCUCGGGAGUAGAGUUCCCGUGCUCGUGGUCAGCCCCUGGGUCCCGAGGGGCUCUGUGGUGUCGGCGCCGCGCACGAAGCCGUCGCCGACCUCGCAGUUCGACGGGACCUCGAUCGUAGCCACGGUCAAGCGAUUGUUUGACCUGCCGACCUUCCUCACGCGCCGGGACGCCUGGGCGGCGCCCUUCGACUGGUUAUUUGAAGAUCUCGACGAGCCGCGCACGGACGCGCCAAUGCACCUACCAAGCGCGCCUUUGCCGACGCCGCGGCCCGGCGGCCAGCCGUGGGGCACGGACUGCGACGAUCCUACGAGGAGGAUGCGCCGAUCCAUCUUAGCGUUCGAAAAGCUGCUCGGCGUCGAGGCGCCGCCGCGUUUACACGCCUGCGCCCACGCCGAGCCGCACUGGGAGCACCGCUGCGCGGCGGGGACGAUGGCCGAGGCGACGGCGUGGUUAACUGAGGCGACGGAGCGGUGGUUAGCUUCUUGACUUCUCUCCUUCUUUGUUUGUUGUUGAUAAGUCUUCCGUUCAAAA